UUGUUUUGGUUUUUUAAUAGGAUGAACUCAACUCGCCUCCAGUUUCCCUGAGCCAGUUACUUCUGCUUUACUGUCUCCGAUCAUCUGUUGUUUAUCUCCAUCUGUCAUCUCUCUCUCUCUCUCUCUCUUGGGGGCCUCCUUCUCCAUUUGUCCACAGAAAAAAACCGUCUCUUUCUCUUCACCACCUUAAACAAGAAUCAAGUCUCUCCUUGUCUUCUCCUUUAAAAUGCUUCCUCUUUCUCUUUUAGCUUUGUACUCUUCACUCAUCCAUCUGCUCGUUCAGCUUUUCUUGGAGACUGUCCUUCCCUCGCGUCGCUUAUCUCACAAGGUUGUCUAGCUUCGUAAAGUUUCGAGUUUUUUUUUUUUGGCGAAGACCCACUUGCAGUUUCAAGAAUUCACUGACGAGGGAGGCCCGUCAAAAGUGAUACCAUGUUGGAUCUCAAUCUCGAGAUGAUCUCCAGCGACUCGUCCUGCGACGGCGGCCAGAACAAGAUUGCCCUGGGAGAGCCUGAAGAGGAAGAAGCGGCCAAGCUUCACGAGGCCUCCGGCAACUGCGAUAUGGAGGAAGAUUCCGGGACCUCCAACUCCACCAUUGUCGCCAGCGCGGAGGAAGCUUCCGGCAACGCCGGCGACGAGAACUCCUCCAACACCACCUCCUCCUCAUCCAUAUUCGAUGUUAUGAAGGAGAAGGAGGGCAAGGACGGUUUCAAGGCCGGAGACCCGCGGCCCUCGCCACAGGGGCUGAUCACUCGGCAGCUUUUUCCGGUUGCCGGAGCCAUAGAGCACGGCCAUGAGGUGUCGGACUUAGGGUUGGGGUCGCCUGCGAGGCCGCAAUGGCUGAACUUGUCCUUUGGCGAGCCCGCCGGAGGUCAGGCGGAGUUCAGGAUUCUGCAGCAGAAGCAGCAACGGAAGAGCCGCCGUGGGCCCCGGUCCCGGAGCUCGCAGUACCGCGGUGUCACGUUUUACCGGCGAACCGGAAGAUGGGAAUCGCACAUAUGGGAUUGUGGGAAGCAAGUGUAUUUAGGUGGAUUUGACACUGCAUAUGCUGCUGCUAGAGCGUAUGAUCGGGCGGCGAUCAAGUUUAGGGGAGUCGAUGCGGACAUCAAUUUCAAUAUCAGCGAUUAUGACGAAGACAUGAAGCAGUUGCAGAUGGCGAAUUUAACGAAAGAGGAAUUCGUGCAAAUACUUCGCCGCCAGAGCACAGGAUUCUCGAGAGGAAGCUCGAAAUAUAGGGGCAUGACCCUGCACAAGUCCGGCCGAUUAGAAGCCAGAAUGGAGCAGCUUCUUGGGAAGAAGGCUUAUGACAAUGCGGCGAUCAAAAGUAAUGGAAGGGAAGCAGUAAAGAACUUCGAGCCGAGCAUUUACGAAGGGCGGACUAUGCCAGAUCCCGGAGCUGGCGGCGGAGACCACAAUCUUGAUCUGAGCCUCGGAAUGUCUCUGCCAUCAAGUAGUACAAUGGGAGGUGGAACUCGAGGGGAUACGCUCUUUCGUCGUGCCGACUGUGAGAUACCAAAUAUCUUGAUGGUCGGUUGCUCUUCUUCUGCCCAUAAGGGCGGAGAACUUGCCAAUAUCGGAAUGGCAUCGAAGAGUCCUCCCAUUUGGGCAGCCAUGUAUCCUGCACACGCAACAAUCUUUGAGGGAAAGGCGACGGAGAAGAGGGUGGUCGAAGCGAUUCCGGCGAUGAGGUUCUCGAGCUAUGGAUUGCCAGUGCCCAGCAACGUCAACAAUGUGAACGGCGGGUCUCAACAAGCCCCAUUGUUCGCCAAUGCAGCAUCAUCAGGAUUCUCUUCAUCCAUAGCCCCUCCCCACCCUCCUCCACAGCUCCCACUAAAUCUCCAGAAAAAUGGCGUCUACAGCAAUACAACUAGUCGUGCUUACUUCAGUUACAGAAGCUAAGCAAGGCAUCAUGUCCAGCUUCCUGAAGGCCACAUCACCGAUUUGUUGCUAUGCUCUUCUCUUGUGAAGUUAGGUAAGAAAAAGCAAGAGAGGACAGACCAACCAACACCAUUUUUAGAGUGCAUUCUCAAUUUAUAUAGGAUUCGGUCUGUUUGAUUUCUAUAAAACCAAGUGCACAAAAAUAUCUGCGACCCAUCAUGUAGUAUAUGUGACAUACGAUCUGCAUAUACAUAUGCGUAUGCUCUUGAGAACCGACUGGGUGCUUUGUAUAUCUUCCAUCUCGGAAAGACUGGUUUUUUAAUCUUUUGGUUCAUAAUAAGAUGUGGUGUUUUCUAUUUCGAGA